AUGGGGAAUUUAAAACAUGACUGGUUGACAGGUCGACAGGCUGACAAAAUUCUCCGUAUGCUUGUAAUAUACACACGUAUUCAGGAAAACGGGUGGCGGUUUUUGGUCGACAGGUCGACAGGUGGACAGGUCAAUCACCAAUGCAAGUCAGUGAACUAUCGAAAACAACAGCUCAAUUGUGAACUGAUAGCAGCAAAAUACGGGGAAUCGGGAACGUCUCUAGUUCUGGAUUCAGAGUGUGACUACAUUGAAAUGGAAAAUCAGCCACAGGAGCUGGCUGGAUCUUGUAAUGCACCAUCAUGUAAAGAGGAGUGCGUGGCUCUGAGUAGAGGAAAACCGUUCUGCAUAAAUGGCAAAUGUCCUACAUUAUGGCAGAUAAACGGGGAGAAGAAAUAUUGUUUCCUAAACAAUUCUCUUAAGUGGCAGGCUGCCAAGGCUAGCUGCAUUUGGCUGGAAGCACAUCUUCUUGAAAUAGAGAGUGAGGCUGAACAAAACUUGAUUCAAAACAAAGCCUCUGGGGACAGAUGGUGGAUUGGGGGAACAGACGAGGAGUAG